AUGGCCAGCAUGAACAGGACAGACUUAUCGCAAAUUGCCCUUUGGGGCAUCUCCACCCAGGCUGAACACCAGUCUCUCUUCUUCCUGCUUUUUCUCGUGAUCUACCUGUUGGCCCUCUUAGGGAACCUUCUGAUUGUCUUGCUUAUCCAUGUUGAUGACCACCUCCUUCAAACACCCAUGUACUUAUUCCUCAGCCACCUCUCCCUGGCUGACAUCUUUUUUAUUUCUACCACUGUGCCCAAGAUCUUGACAAACUGGAUCUCCCAGAUUAAGACUAUCUCCUAUCAUGGGUGUCUGAUCCAGAUGUAUUUCUUCUUGACCUUUGGCAACACCGAUAACUUCCUUCUGGCCUGCAUGGCCUAUGACCGUUAUGUGGCAAUCUGCCGCCCACUGAACUACCCUAUGGUGAUGAGUCACAAGUUCUGCCUCUUGCUGGCAUCUGGGUCUUGGGUAAUUUCUGCUCUACAUUCCUUGCUGUACACAAUUUUGAUAUCACACCUUUCAUUUUGCGACUCUGGGGAGAUCCCCUAUUUUUUCUGUGAUGCUUAUCCACUUCUGAGUCUCUCCUGCUCUGACACAAGGUUCAUAAAGAUCUUGUCACAGACAGAAGGUAUGAUGGACAUCCUCGGACCCUUCUUCCUUAUCAUCAUCUCCUACACAUGCAUAUUCUGGGAAAUCAUUAAAAUCCCAACAACUGCUGGACAGCGCAAGGCCUUCUCCACCUGUGGUUCUCAUCUGGCGAUCGUCAUCCUGUUCUACGGCACCAUCAGUUGCCUCUACUUCCAGCCUGCCUCUGCUUACUCGGCUAAGAAAGGCACCUUUCUCUCUCUCUUGUAUGCAGUGGUGACACCUAUGUUGAACCCCUUCAUCUACAGCCUGAGGAACCAUGACAUAAAGGCAGCUCUGUUAAGGCUUCUUGGCAGACUCAGAGAUUUCCUGAGGAAGUGA